GGCUGCCGGUUCCUCUUCUUCUCAAAAUGGGUACCAACCCCAUGUUCUUGCUGUUGAUGAUAAUCUCGUUGAUCGUAAACUCGUUGAGAAAUUGCUCAAAAACUCCUCUUUUAAAGGUAAAAAUACAAAAGUUUUCAUUUUUUUCAUUCAAAACAGGAUUUCAGAAUCUGGGCAAGAAAAAAAAAGCAAUCUUUUUGUUUGUUUGGUUGUUUGUUUGUUUGUUUGUUUGUGCAGUGACAACAGCAGAAAAUGGUCGCAGUGCUCUGGAGUUUCUGGGUUUGUUGGAUGAACAUGAACAUGAACACAACAACAUAGAAUGCGGUGAUAGGUCGAAGGUGAACAUGAUCAUCACGGAUUACUGCAUGCCCGGAAUGUCCGGAUAUGAACUUCUCAAGAAAAUCAAGAGAUGUUCGAGGAUGAAGGAAGUUCCUGUAGUGGUGGUGUCAUCAGAGAAUGUGCCCACUCGCAUCAACAAGUGUUUGGAGGAAGGAGCAGAGAUGUUCAUGCUCAAACCUUUGAAGCAAUCUGACGUGGUGAAGCUCAAGUGCCAGCUGAUGAUGAACUGAACCUUUUUUUUUUUUUUUUUUUUAAUUUUAAUUUUUAUUUGAAACA